CAAAAGCCAAUUUGUCAUACAUAAAUAACAACACAUCCCAAGAGUAGUGUCACAUCCCAACAAUCUCUAUCAAAAAUGGGCAGCAGCAUCCCGGAAAUCCACCUGAGCUCCGGCCAAGGCGGCCGGAGAAUGCCCGUAGUGGGGUUUGGCACGGCGGCCGACCCCCCGGUCGGACCGGAGGUGGUGAAGAAAGCAGUUCUCCAGGCAAUAGUGGUCGGGUACCGGCAUUUUGACACGGCGGCUCUCUACAAUUCAGAGCGGCCUCUGGGUGAAGCCAUAAAAGAAGCCAUUGAAAAGGGAGUGAUUCAGUCCAGAGAAGAGCUUUUCAUCACCUCCAAGCUCUGGUGCAGUGAUGCCCAUCCCCAAACCGUCCUUCCUGCCAUCAACAAAACUCUCCAAAAUCUUGGUGUGGGCUAUCUUGAUCUUUACCUGAUACACUGGCCAGUGAGCUCAAAAGGGAUUGCAGAAUACCCAAUAAAGAAAGAAGACUUUGAAGCCAUGGAUUUCAAGGGUGUGUGGGAAGCCAUGGAAGAGACUCAAAAUCAAGGCUUCACUAAGGCUAUUGGAGUCAGCAAUUUUUCCUGCAAGAAGCUUCAAACUAUCUUAUCUACUGCAAAAAUCACCCCAGCUGUCAACCAAGUGGAAGUGAAUCCAUGUUGGCAGCAAAAGAAGCUGAGAGAUUUCUGUAAGGAUCAUGGGAUUCUUGUAGUUGCCUAUGGUCCUCUGGGUUCUGUAGGAACUUUUUAUGGCACCAACAGAGUUAUGGAGUCUGGUGUGCUAAAGGAAAUAGCUAAGGCCAAAGGGAAAUCUGUUGCUCAGGUUGCUUUAAGAUGGGGCUAUGAACAAGGCAUUGGCAUUAUAGUUAAGAGCUAUAACCAGGAGAGGAUGAAGCAGAAUCUCGAGAUAUUUGACUGGGAGUUGAGCGAAGAAGACGCUAACAAGAUCGGUGAAAUCUCACAGGCCAGAGGGUGUCUUGGCAUGGAUUACACUUCAGAGUAUGGACCUUACAAGAGCAUUGCAGAGCUUUGGGAUGGAGAGCUUUGAUAGAGUUAUAUUGAUGGAAGAAGAAUGAUCUUAUAUGCUUGUUUUGCACUGAUUUGAUCAUUUCUAAUGGCACCUUUACAAUAUUACACACACUAGAAACCCCCCCC